AGAAGAAGAACAACAAGGAAGUAAUGCAACCCGGAAGUGUGGUUGUGUUGUUGUGAUCUCGGGUUAGUUGUUGUGUUAGCUGUCGAGCAUAUUCGUCCGUUUUGAGGCGGCAGAGCUCCAGGUGAACCCGCACACACUCAGUGAGUCCAGGACAACAAGAGUCCAGCAGUCAGAGUGGAGACACCUGCUGGAUCUCAGAGACCAGGACCAGGAGCCUGUUUCAGAAAGCAGCUUUAACAAACUCUGAGAUGGAAAAAUAUUCGGUUCCAGAACAGCUGAUCACAGUUAGUUCAAUCAAAUGUGAGGAUGAAAACAGCCAUGAUCAAUGGAGCUCUGAUACUACCAUUCACCAUGGCAACAGUGAGUCCAGGACAACAGAGUCCAUCAGUCAGAGUGGAGAGACCUGCUGGAACUCAGAGACCAGGAGCCCGUUUCAGGAAGCAGCUUUAACAAACACUGAGAUGGAAAAGUUUUCGGUUCCAGAACAGCUGAUCCCAGUUUGUUCAAUCAAAUGUGAGGAUGAAAACAGCCAUGAUCAGGGGAGCACCGAUACUACGAUUCACCAUGGCAACAGAGACCAGGACCAGGAGCACUUCAAGAUCAAAAAGGAGGAGGACCAGCAGAACCUGGACCAGUGGAGCAACAUAGUCCCCAGAACACCAGCAGCAGGCUCGUCCUAUGAUCAGGUGAUGAAGGAGUGUUACAUCCCUCUGACACGUGUCAGGAUCAGCAGUGCGAUGUUGGCUGCAAUGGACACCGUUGGACACUCAGCAGCUGUUCCAAAAGGCCAAAAGAAACUGAGAGGAAGAAAGGGACUGAUUCAUCAGAGAGUUCACACUGGAGAGAGACAGUACAGCUGUGAUGAAUGUGGAGCAGCUUUCACUCAAUCAGGUCACCUGAUAACCCAUCAACGCAUUCACACUGGAGAGAAACCCUACAGCUGUGAUGAAUGUGGAGCAGCUUUCAAUAGAUCAGAUAACCUGAAAACCCAUCAACGCAUUCACACUGGAGAGAAACCCUACAGCUGUGAUGAAUGUGGGGCAGCUUUCAAUAGAUCAGGUCACCUGAAAACCCAUCAACGCAUUCACACUGGAGAGAAACCCUACAGCUGUGAUGAAUGUGGGGCAGCUUUCAAUGAAUCAGGUAACUUGAAAAUACAUCAACGCAUUCACACUGGAGAGAAACCCUACAGCUGUGAGCAAUGUGGAGCAGCUUUCACUACAUCAGUUAAACUAAAAGUACAUCAACGUAUUCACACUGGAGAGAAUCCCUACAGCUGUGAUGAAUGUGGAGCAGCUUUCACUGCAUCAGGUUCCCUGAAAAAACAUCAACGCAUUCACACUGGAGAGAAACCCUACAGCUGUGAUGAAUGUGGAGCAGCUUUCACUCAAUCAGGUCACCUGAAAAUACAUCAACGCAUUCACACUGGAGAGAAACCCUACAGCUGUGAUGAAUGUGGAGCAGCUUUCAUUCAAUCAGGUUACCUGAAAAUACAUCAACGCAUUCACACUGGAGAGAAACCCUACAGCUGUGAUGAAUGUGGGGCAGCUUUCAAUGAAUCAGGUAACUUGAAAAUACAUCAACGCAUUCACACUGGAGAGAAACCCUACAGCUGUGAACAAUGUGGAGCAGCUUUCACUACAUCAGUUAAACUAAAAAUACAUCAACGCAUUCACACUGGAGAGAAACCAUACAGCUGUGAUGUAUGUGGAGCAGCUUUCAUUACAUCAGGUGCCCUGAAAAUACAUCAACGCAUUCACACUGGAGAGAAACCCUACAGCUGUGAUGAAUGUGGCGCAGCUUUCAUUACAUCAGCUAAACUAAAAAUACAUCAACGCAUUCACACUGGAGAAAAAACGUACAGCUGUGAUGUAUGUGGAGCAGCUUUCACAACAUCAGGUCACCUGAAAUCCCAUCAACGCAUUCACACUGGAGAAAAAACUUACAGCUGUGAUGUAUGUGGAGCAGCUUUCACAACAUCAGGUCACCUGAAAUCCCACCAACGCAUUCACACUGGAGAGAAGCCAUACUGGUGUGACCAUUGUGGUAAAACUUUUGCUCAUGGUAGUCACUUUAAAUCCCACCAACGCAUUCACACUGGAGAGAAGCCAUACUGGUGUGACCAAUGUGGGAAAACUUUUUCUCAGUGUAGUAAUCUUAAAGUCCACCAGCGUAUUCACACUGCAUUGUUGUGAACACGUUUCAGAGCCCAGCUAGCUGUUUUCUCUUGCCUCCUCCCCAUGCCCUGAUAGCUGUGUUGUUAUAUUCUGAGCUUCUCUCCACAUUGAAGUCUUACCAACAGUGACUUUAUUUUGUAAACAGCAUGUAUUUUAUUGUGGCUACAACUAAAUACUGGCCUUUAUUCCUGUAAUAUAUUUUUUUUCUUAACCAUCCAUUAAUCUGCUGAGUAUUUUCUGGAUAAAUUGUUUUGUAAAGAACAGAAACUUUGACUGUAUUCGACCCCCUGGGCCUGUGCACCGUAGACCCGUUCAAUCAUCCAUCCAUGAGUCGACAACUGGACAAAGAUCAAGGAGGACAUUCCCAUCCGACACCAGAGACCCUCUUUGAACAGAGACAGGGGUUACCAUCUCCCCCCGAAUACAACCACCUGUUAUCAUGUGACUGUACUGGACUAGCGUCAAGUGAUGACAACUGAGGAAGGUUAAGUGCUGAAGAAGGCCAUGGGAUAUGGUCAAAAGCUCCUCAAAGACAGUAUGUGAGCCUUGAGUUUAGAAUGAUUUAUUCCAGAUGUGUUCCCAUUAUUGUUUUUAUCUGCUUCAUACAUAUUCUCUUUUUCUUGUUGUUUUGUAGUUCAACAUUAUAUUUUCCUCUUUUGUGUAGUUUUCAUUGAAUAAUCUUUAUUUUAAAUUUAUAUUCACUGUUUUUAUUUUCUAUGACUGAAUGUGGUAGGGCUGCAUGAUUAUGGCCAAAAUGGCUUUCAACUUCAAAUAUUGAGUGUUGUCAAAGCAAACUAUCUGUGUUGGUUCUCAUCAAAAGAAAAUAUUUAAUGUUCAUGAAUUGAAUUUAUAUUUAACUUAUAUUCUCUAGAAGAUUAUAAUUAUCAUUUCUAUUUUGUUGUUUGACAAUGACCUGGAGGUAAUAAAAGACUUCUUUUUGGAAUAAAGUCUGUUUGA